AUGUGCCCAUGGAAGAGGAGGAGUCAGAGGAAGAAGAGGAUGAGCUCCCCAUGUACCAAGAGCACUAUGAUGCUCUCUUCUCCAUGGACUUUGUGGAGACCAAGUACCCACAUGAUGACACAUGAAGGCCCUUGGAUCUUUGAGAUGUGGAGUUGGUCUCAAGAACAUGCACUUGGCCAAGUUCUUCUCUUACCGCAUGGAGUCUACAAGGAGCUCACUUGUGAGUUCUUGGCUUCAAUGAGGUACCACAUGUAUGAGGAAGAUCGAGCUGAGUUGGACCAAGGAUUGGGAUGGAUCACGUUCUUGGCAAGGGAGAGAAGAAGGUGA